AUGGAGCCUGCGCCUUGGGGUUUCACAAGCUCCCAGGUUACUUCGCGCGUGCAGUCUGGGCUGAGAACCGCUGGAGAGGAGGCCCAACAUUGAAAGAGGAGGUUUCAAGCAGAGCCUGGCUCGGGUUGGCCAUCUGGAAAAAGGGGGCUCUGGCGUCUCAGAACACAAAAAUGAUUUCAUCCGUUGUCAUUUCACAUCUGAUUGAUGAAAAUAAAUCAAAAGAAAAUGGAGCCGCGUUGCCUGUGCCGUGUGCCUAUUCCACGAAGCCCUCUUUUGCUAAUCGCAGCGGUGUCACCAUUAACAGGGCAUUUGAAAUCCUUCCCGGAGGAUUAGGAAUUCAGACAUCUGCGGGGCAGCAAGGACCUGUAACACAGCAGCCACCCCAAGAGGAGAAGCCCUGCGGUGGCUCCCAGAAAGGGUUUGCAUCCAUCACCAUAACGGCCAGGCGCGUGGGCCCCCCCGCCAGCACCCUGGUGUGGGAGGCUGUGGGGGACCCACUCUGGAUCAGGUGCAGGGCGCAGGAUGCUCUGUUCAGGGACCCCUCCAUGCUGGCCAGUGGUACCCAUCCACGUCCACAUCAGGCACCUUUUGGCUGCCCAGAAUUCUCCAGAAACUGCUCUGUGAUGGGGCUGAAGGUCCCCGAGGCCCACGCAGGGCUGUGUGAGGGACAGGAUUGCUGGAUAACCAACGAGGGCAACGGGGGGGACAGUUCUUCUCCAGGCACCCCACGGUUGCAGGUGGAAAAGAGUCCUCUGGUGUUCAGCUCUUGUGUUCAUCUCAGAGUGUCCCAGCCGUGUCCAAAUUCCAUCUACUACCUGGACAGGUCCCUCUCUGUCCCCAUCGAGCCCCCUCGACUUGCUGGCCCUAAAACACACAGAUCUGUCCUGUCUCUCAACCUGAAUUGCAGUUCACACAGACGGACACCAGAUGGAGCAGGUGGCACAGUGAACAGAGAGCCAAUAAGCGCAGCUCUGAUGCCGAAGCCCAUGGAGGGAAAGCAGCUCCUCCUGGGCCCUCGCUGGAACCUGGGUUUGCAAGAAAGUUUCUUGGAGGAAAACCCAUCACUGGGGAGGGUGCAUGUGGGGACCGGCGCGUGUCCUUGGAGAGGCUCUUCUCCAUUGGGAAAUACAGCAUUUACAGCUUCGGGAACUAACCAGAUCCCCGGAAGAAAAGAGAAGGAGGACCCAACAGCUCAUUGUCCCACCGACAGUCAAGGUCCUGCCAACCAACUGUCCAUCCACAUCCCCGGCUGGAGCUACGCGGCAGGGGCAGCCAGCACUCAGGCCGACACCGUGCACCCUCCUGCCAUGGGAGGUUUUCGAGGACCAGGCGACAAUGCCUGGUGA